AUGUCCAAAAAAAGAGAGAAAAAAAAAAAAACAAACAAACAAACAAACACGAGUCUAAUAUCGGCCGAUCAACAUAAAAUCAUCGUCUUCCAAAACCCGAACCUCCUUCUCCCCGAUGAAAUUCUCCCUCCCGAGCUCCUCGACAAUCCUUACAAACUCCACCCUCUUCUCCAUCGCACGCGGCACAUACGGCAGCCUGAAAACGGGCCUCACGACCCCAAGUUGGGCCAGGGCCGUGUUCAGCCCAAUCGGGUUCGGCUCCUCGAACAACCACUUCACAAGCGGCAAAACCCUCUCGUUCAACUCCCAAUUCCUCCUCCCGAACAUCAUCUCUCUCAUCAACCCCGGCACCAAAUUGCUCGCGACGGAAAUUACGCCUCUACCCCCGUGAUCCCACCUCGAGUCGUGACACUCGUCAUCGUUCCCACUCCACACGACGAGCCCGUUACUCACGUGCUCGUCGACCCGCGCGUGUCCCACACACUCCUUCACGCCCGCGAGAUUCGGGCUUCGGGCCAAGGCCCGAACGACGCUCGACGGGAUAUCUUGACCCUGGGGCCCAUGUGGAGGACGCUCUCGAAAUGGAGGGUUAAGCCGUCGAGGGAAGGCGGCGUGCAUGCCGACGGCAAAGCCUUGCUCGGUUGCAUGGAUGGCCUCGCGGGUCGAGUUGCUUCCGGUGUUGCCGAUGACUUUGACCGAGGCGCCGAAGCAGUUGACCGUGUGGCCGAUGAGCAUGAUGUGCUCGUCCCACGACAUGAGUUGACCCUCGCCGGUGGUCCCGCCAACGAUGACGCCUUCGGCUCCGCCCUCGAUUUGCAUGUUGACGAGCGUGUCGUACGCCUCCAAGUCGAAGCGGCCGUCGGGGAG